GAUACCGAUUCAUUUAGUGAAUAUGCGCUUAUGUGAUGCAAGUGCAUUUUUUUGGCGUUAGCUGAUGGUGUGCUUGGGUAUACGCUUGAUCUGCUCUUUCUGGAUAUAGUUCUUUUCUUAAUUUGUUCUUUUGAGGGACUUUGCCUUCAUUUAGUUUUUUAAUCAGGAUAUCAUCACAUACAUGUUAGUAUUCUUAUUAAGAAAUAUACUUCUUCCGUUCCUGGUAGAAGUAGCUUGACAUUGUUUGUUUGAACUGUUCAAAUUUUACAAUAGAUAUCAUGGCUAUCUGAUUUGGCUGGAUGUUCAUCUACUAUUAGAGAUUUCACUUUACACUAUGUCCUUUGUCUCACACACUCAAGAAUUUGAAGUUUAUUUUCAUAAAUAAUGCAUGGCCAGAACUUCAGCCUAUUUUCUGUUCUUAGUGUUCAGAGUUUACUUCUGUUUACAUGUAAAGAAGUGUUUACUUCAGUUCAAUUAUUUUCUGCUAGAAAUAAUGUUUAUCGUUUAUCUUCCUUUUCUAGCCAACCUCCUAUGCCCACCACAUAACAAGAAGCACAUUUUUUCCAUUACAUAGACCAUGUACAUUAGGUUAGGUGAAUUGAAACUCUUUGCUUCUAUUCGAUUUUAAGGACUUCCCAAUAAUUGUUCUGGGUAUUCUGUGAUAGAGUUAAAGUAUGAGCCUCUAUGUUGUUAAAUAAUGAGCUGACCAAAGUACUUGGACCCUUCAAAUUUUAGUCUGCUAUAGUUGAAUAUAAGACCGUACAUAACGGAUCCUACUAUUUUUCUACAUUACUAAAUUACCUACCAUCAAAUAUUUUCUAUGUGUAAGUUGCUCAUUAACUAGAUAAUGAAAGUAUUUGUUGCCUAAGAAAGAGGAUAAACGGCGACAUGUGUGCGAACUGUGUUGAAGUAUAGAACAUAAACGCGUCCUCCUUCCGUUAGGAGUAUGUAGUAUUUUUUUCCUGUUAGGACGCAACAAGUAUGUUUAUCUUUCCCAGAGAUCACACAUGGCAUAUUUGGAGCUUGCAACACUGCACUUCUUUGCUGCAGCAUUAUGAGCCAAACGCCCCCGCGAUAUCCCGCUCCGAGUCGUCCCGUUUCUCUCGGGUGGAUUUGAGUUUCAACAACAUCACAUGCCAAGUACCACAAACCUUGUUGAAUCUGAACUCAUUAAGCUUCUUAUUUCUUGGGAAUAAUAGCCUUUCAGGGAACCUCCCAAGAUCAAUAGGAUCUUCGCUUAGAAAUUUAGAUUUUUCUUACAACCAGCUCUCAGGAACUGUUCCUUCUUGGGCUAAAGAUUCACAAUUGAAUCUGAAUCCGGUGACAAAUAAUUUCGUUGUUGAUAGUUCCAGCAACAGUCUCUUUACAUUGUUCCUGUCACGAAGAACUUUCUUGAGAUUCAUCUCUUCUGGGCUCGGAAGGGGACUUGCUGCAUUCCUACUCAAGGCUACUACGGGCCUGCGAUCUUAGCUUUGAGUGCAACACGAAGUACUUCUCUUGACUUGAAAUAAUGGUUUUAAUACCACCAUCAUAUAUU